AUGCAUACUCCGCAGUCUAGUAGCAUAGAGCAAGAGCUGUUGCACGGAUGGUUAUGGCAUCUGUUCCCCGUUUUUUAUGUUGGCAAGCUUCUUCAGGAUGCUGUUCCUUGCUCCAACUUUAGCCUUUGUCUUGGAAACAUGGUCUUUGUAGACAGUAGUUUAGCAUGUCAAGCAGCCGUUGGAGUGCAACAGGUCCAAGAUGUUUCAUCUGCUCACAGAUCGAGGACAUCAUCCAAUCCAACUGCCUUGCUGAUCUUCAUUGCAUUGAUAGCAUUGCACAAGUCGUUCAUGCUGAAAGGUCUUGUGAACUCAGAUGACUCUUGGCAGGCUGUCCGCACACUUUUAGGUUGGAUCUUCGCUGGUGAUUAUGAGGGUUACCUUGGCUGUUCACUAGAAGCUGGUUGGCCACUUGGCCGGCGAAACAGAACAAAUGUUGCAGAUGGCGAUGUUGCGAAUCUUAAAAUUAAUACACAUGUUAAGUCACUUGUUGAUGACUUCAGGAAUAGUAAGCAGCUCUGUGACGUGUGUGACAACCGAGCAAGUGCCGCACACUUCUGUUGCGAGUGUGCUAAGAACAUGUGUAAUGAAUGUCUGCAAGCUCAUAACACAUGGAAACCUAAUCUUAAACAUAAAGUAGUGAUGGUUGAAGACAUCAGAAAGGGUAGGGUAGUCUUAAAGAGGAAGGUUUACUGUCAAGAAGAAGUACAUAAAUCUGAAGAGUACGAGUGCUCUGACGUAUGCACGACAUGUAAGAAACUCAUUUGUAUGAGAUGUCGCAUGCUCUGCCACGAGAAAAAAGGCCAUGAUGUGGAAGAUAUAAGACAGUACAAUUCGUCUUUCAAGAAAAGCUCUGAGUUACUACAGGGUACAGGAAAGAAAAAAGCUACAAGAGUCAAGAAUCAUAUGACCUGUAUUGAUAAUCAAAUCAAACGUGUCCACAAUCACAUUCAUGCGGAAAAUGCAAAGCUUGACAUGCUUUGUGAAGAAGCUAUCAAGAAAAUACAAGAGAGGAAUGCUACUUUGAAAAAACAACUAGACGAUCAGAGAGAAGAAUUAUGCAAGAGUUUAAAUGAUAUGAAAAUUGCUGAUGAGAGGUUGGUUAAGAGUAUUGAGAGUGCCAGUGAUUUGGUGAGUACUAGUGUGGAGGCCCCACUAGAAGGGGAUGUUGUAGCAAUACGUGAUUCAUUGUAUGGAGAAUUGAAAAAAAUAUUACUUAGGGAAAAUCCAAAGAAGAAGGUUGCUACUGAUGUAGGUGAUCAUGCAGAGGAACUGACGUUUACACCGAGCUGCGAUCCUGAUACAUUAUCAAUGGGGGAAUUGAGGUUUGUGAAUUGCAAGCCUGCGAAAUGCAAUGUAUUACUCUCAAAGAAAGAUAGUAUGAAUGGCAUGACGGCUUCAAAGAAUGGUAUGAUGGCUGUUGGUUAUAGCACUGGAGGGAUAGAUAUAUUCUCUGCUGAUGGUCAGCUGCAGAAAACAGUCAUCAAAUAUGUCGAAACAAGUGAGGUAGGAUUCCUCUCUGAUGGUCGUUAUGUUGUACUUGAUACAUGCAAUAAGAUAUCACUGUACACAUCAGAUGAAGAGAAGCAGGAUGUAACAUUCGAUACUCUAGAUGUUAGUGAAGGUUGGUCUGGUGGUCUCACUGUAGACAGCAAUGAUCUGAUCUAUGUUAGCUACAGGAAAGCUAAGAAGAUCCAGGUAUUCUCACCAUCAGGUGGGAACGCUAUCAGGGAGAUUCCGUGCGAUGGGUAUAAACCUGCACAAAUCACAAGCUAUGGUGAUUCAUUGAUCGUUAAGCAGUAUGACAACCAGAUAGCACGUAUUGAUAAGGAAGGUAAUAUAAUGCAUAAAUUAUGGAAACCUGUGGGAAAUUGCAUUAUUGCUGAUGUGAGUAAAGACAACACAAUCCUAAUCGCCUCUGUAAAAUACGAGGACGGCCUGCUCAAUAUUGAUGAGUACACAAGUGGGCUGAAACACAUCAAGACUCUUAUAUCUGAUUAUAAGAUUGAGAAACCGGAGAGGCAAUGGUAUUACCUUAGACAGUUUCAAUCAGGAGAGAUAGCUUUCUGUACACCUAAUAGGCUCUAUGUAUUCAACCGAGAAACUAGUGAAGUUACCUCGUAAGAAUAUUAUGUUUUGACCAUCAAGAGCCAAUUAUUUUCCUACUUUACAAAUUCAUCAAUUCACCAGUAUCAAUAUUAAUCUUGGUAGUUAUGUUCCAUUGAUGUCAAGAAUCAAGAAUCUUAAUUCAUUCCAUUCGAUAAAAUAAUCACGUGUACAAAAGAAUAGUAAAACGCAAAAGUACAUGAUAUACAACCAUAAACAAUUCAUAAUGAUUACACAUAGAGGAGCGUAAUCGAAUGAAAUAUGACACUCUCCAAAAGUUAGAAAAGAAUUGAACUUCAUUUGAGGAAGCUCUGCCCAAAGUUGUAUCCCAACUGUAUCAUUUUUAACAGUUUCAGGCAUGUCUGGUUAGGGGUUACGUAGAUUUCACUACUCCUACAUGAAUAUUUACCAUUUUUAACAAAAUAGAGUUUGAGCGUUUAAUACUGAAAUUUCCAUUUUUAGUAGAAAAUAUUUGAACAAAGUAAUUUUUUUCUUUGAAAUUAUAAUUAAUUUUACACAUUACACAUAUUUCUUAUUUAGAAAGAAAUAUGUUCCAACAUAAAUACAUGUGUAUGACAUCAAAUCAAUAUUGAAAAGUGAAAUACAACUGAUUACGUUGAUUAUUCCCAGGGGCGGAUCCAGGAUUUUCCAAAGGAGGGGGGGCAAAUUUUUCGGAGGAAAAUUUUAACGAGCAAAUUAAAAAAGAAAAAAAGGUCUUCAAUUUUAAAAGAGGGGGCACACCUCUGUUGCGAGAAUAAAUACAGAUCGAACAUGAAAUUGCCGUUUCUCAACUUUAUUGCCUCUGGGGGAUUUUACCAGAAUCAUUAAAACGACAUUUACAAUAUUUUAACAAGUACACAGUUUCUAAACAAUAUUCAUCAAGCCACAACCAACCAGAUUUUAAGGGGGAAACCGGGUCACGUGACCUCCCAGAAGGAAGAGAUCCAACGGGAUCCCAGGACAGGUAUUUCCUGGGGUGCGGAUUCCCCUCUUUACAUUUAUCAUCUAUUCAAUACAAGAUUAUCUCAUGUGUGAAAUAAAAUUGGGGGAGAGGCUUCAAGACCAGAACGUGAAUUCUUGGAAGGGGAACCUGCCGGAA